CUUCCAGCCCGGCGGAGAGGCGCCGCGUCUCCACGGACAGCCUCGCCGAGCUCUCCGCUCCGCUCCCCACAGCCCUCGGAGAGGCGCCCCGCCAGCCCGCCCGGCCCCAUAGCCCGGCGCCCCGUCCCAGCCCAGUGAGGGGCCGCGGCGGCCGGGCCGGGCUGGGCAGGGCAGAGCGAGGAGGGUAGAAGCCCUCGCUAUGCUGCCCAGCGCCCUUUACUGGGACCUGGUGGGCUCCUCGGCCCUCCUCAACCUGCCGGCGGCACCGGGCUUUGGCAACCUGGGCAAAAGUUUCCUCAUCGAGAACUUGCUACGGGCCGGGGCGCCGCCGAGCCCUGCCCAGCUCCGUCCCCUCCCCGCCAACCCCGUGCCCCUCAAGCUGUGCCCCGCGGCGGAACAAAUCAGCCCCUCAGGGGGUCCCUUCCCGGCAAGAUGGGCUUUCCAAGUGCUAAACCCCUCCGCGGCGGACGGCGGCCGCCCGCCAGCGCGGGCCGCGGCGGCGGAGAGAGGCGGCGUCUUCCCGCCGGCAGCCACAGCUCUUUCCAAACACUUUUUUCUCCGAGCCCCGCCAUUCUACUCAGCAUGCUGCGGUGGGUCCUGUCAGCACCCUGCAUCCCCCACUGCUUUUCCAAGGGAGGAAAGUGUACUGCCUCUUCUGAGCCAGGAGUCCAACUCCAAAUCCCGGAGAGGCAUAUUAAGAAGAGCUGUCUUUUCUGAAGACCAGAGGAAAGCUUUGGAGAAAAUGUUCCAGAAGCAGAAGUAUAUUAGUAAAACAGACAGGAAGAAACUGGCCCUUAACCUGGGUCUAAAGGAGUCUCAGGUGAAAAUUUGGUUUCAGAAUCGAAGGAUGAAAUGGCGAAACUCCAAAGAAAAAGAAGUGCUUUCUAACAGGUGCCUCCAAGAAGGUCUUCAGAACUACCUCUCACGAUCUACCAUGAAUUUUACCUCCCCAUGCCCAUCUGUGUGGGAAGUGUCUGAAGAUCAGGCAAGUCCAAGGUGGAGGGAGAAUUCUCCAGGAAGUUCUGAAAGACUGACUAGUACACAACCACCUCCAAGGGCAAAUUCAUCGCAGAGCCCACUCUAUUUGUAUCCUGACCAAGACACUGCAAACAAGGCAUCAUUAAGUGUAAGGGAGUAGGGGAAGUUUGUAAAUUGAGCAGGAGAGUGCAGGCUUCAAAUGAGCAGUCUUUUAAGAUUAACAAUAUUUGAACAUUGUAAAGCUAACUAGUUUAUGCUUCAAAAAUAUGUAAAGUCUAACACCAUUAAAAUUACAAACAACUAAUGACUUCAGAAUUAUUCUUCAAUACUCAGUCUUUUCUUGUGUCUUUUCCAGUCUGGUACUGACCUUAAAAGUAAAAUAGGAACUGAUGGUAAGUAAAAUGAAGAGAAGAGCAUGAAGCUGAAUUUGUGCUCUGAUUUAUACAACUGCACUGUAUGUGAAGCUCAUUAAAAACACACUUAAUAGAGAA